AGUGAACGUAAGGGGAGGGUGCGCGACGCUUGCUGACAACUGCACGCAAAGAGCUGCUGCGCAGAAAGAGGGGGGCAGAAGCCGAAUGGUGGUGCUGAAGAUGGCGGAUGGCGACAGUGGGAGUGAGCGCGGUGGAAGUAGCGGAGGAGGAGGCUUCCAGCACUUUCAGAGAGACCAGGAGACCCAGGAGCUGGCGAGCAAGCGCCUUGACAUUCAAAACAAGCGUUUCUACUUGGAUGUCAAGCAGAACAGUAAAGGCAGGUUCAUUAAAAUCGCCGAGGUAGGGGCCGGGGGCUCCAAAAGUCGCUUGACCCUCUCGCUGUCAGUUGCGGCGGAGUUCCGUGACUACCUCGGGGAUUUCAUCGAGCACUACGCCCAGCUGGGGCCUAGCACGCCGGAGCAAAUAGCCCAUGCCACCGCGGGUGAAGACGGUGGGCCGAGGCGAGCUCUAAAGAGCGAAUUUCUUGUUCGGGAAAACCGCAAGUACUACCUCGACUUGAAGGAGAACCAGCGGGGUAGGUUCCUGCGCAUCCGGCAAACCGUAAACCGCGGACCUGGCUUUGGAGUCGGGGGGCCCGUGGGUGGCAUGCUUGCCGGCCAGACCAUUGCCCUUCCGGCGCAAGGGCUAAUAGAGUUCAGAGACGCCCUUGCUAAGCUCAUAGAUGAUUAUGGGGGAGAUGACGGGGAGCUGACGGGGGGCACGGUCCCGGGGGGCUACAGCGAGCUUCCCGAGGGCACCUCCAUCAUGGUGGACUCCAAGCGCUUCUUUUUCGACGUCGGAUCCAACAAAUACGGAGUGUUCCUGCGGGUGAGCGAGGUGAAGCCCAGCUACAGGAACUCUAUCACCAUUCCGUUCAAAGCCUGGAGCAAGUUCGGAGGAGCCUUCUGCAGGUAUGCCGAGGAGAUGAAGGAGAUCCAGGAGCGGCAGAGGGACAAGAUGUACGAGAGGAGAGAAGAGUCCGAGGGGGACGACGUGGAUGACGACUGAGAACGCGAAUUACAGCAGCUGUUAGUCCAGCUACUCCACAGAUGUGCAACAUAGGGGUAUUUUUCAUAAAAGAAGAAAAAAAGCAGAAACGACAGAUAAAAGUGCAUGACAAAUCGUGCUGUAAUAGCCUACUAAAGUAUUGUGGCGUAAAAAAGUACAUGUUCAGGGACUUAUUGGUGUAUUAUCUCAAAAGUUUGUAGGUUUAAGGGUUGGAGUGGUUGUGUGAUUCUCUGAAAGUGGAAAAUAUGUGUAAAUGAGAUAUCUCAUUGGUUUAAAAAAAAGAGUGAGUUAUGCUUUGAUGUUUAACGAAAAAGAGGAAAGACAUGCUACUAAAACCAGCAGAUUGGUUUUUAUAACUAGAACUGAAACCAAUGAUUACUAUCCAGUUUGGAACCUAGUGUAUAUUUAAAGAGUGAGGACCUGCUUAAGAGGAUUUCCUUGCUUGAGUUUAGGAGAAGGCGAGCAUCCAUCCUGUUCUGGUCCAGGUCUCUCCUCUGUGGGCAGUUUGUGGGAGUCUCGUAAGUCAGUUUGAAGAACUGGAGAGGAAUUUAUAGAGAGCUGCUGCCAGUGAUCUAUUUCAGCAAAUGGAGAGCUGUCAAACAAGCAUGCAUCUGUAGGCUGUCAAUCGAAAGAUUACCCAAAAUGUUAGGGGGAAGCUGCCGAGAGGGUUAUGUGCAAGCCCGAACAACAACGGCCUCAUGGAAUGAAUUAAAGCUUUGACUCCAGCAGUCAGUUACAGUGCAGGUCAGCUGGGUUUUAUGUUAUACAUACAAUUUUUAGCAAAGCUAAAUUUAUGGUGUCUUCAGUAGGAUGAGCACCAGAGCAUCCCUGGCGCUGCGUUAAACAUGCGGGAAGCGGGCCUCAGAGUGGACAACACACAGGGACUUAUCCAGUGGUCAUUAGCUCCUACACAACAAGGGUCCAAAUGUCUAGCGCUUGGCAGGCGAGCGCUGCUUCAGAUACAGCGAGGAGUUUUCCCAUCAGGCUUUCUGUGGUGGUCCGGGGCUGGAAAGAUGAGGUCUGGUACAGCUUAGGCCUGUAUCUGACAUCUUCAGACAUGUCAAAGACCCUGGACAGAUGUGCAUUGAUGGAUGUUUUCCUUUUUUAUUCUUUUUUUUCCAAAAGAAGUAUAUUGAAAUAAAAUUCAGCUUACAUGACAUAUAUUAUAAAGCAAACCAGCAAAAUAUAUUUUCAAAUACUUAUAAAGAAAAUGUAUUAUCUAAAGGAGUUUCAUGACUAAAAAUAAAAAUAAAUUUUCAUAGAACAAAGAUGUGAUUUAAAGUUCCAGAUUUUUGUUUCAUUUUGUUCUUCCCAGAGUGAAAUUAUAAGAUUUCCUUGAUUAAAACAAGUUUAAAUUUA